GCGCACAGAGCUGUCCUGUGAGCGCAGCCUUCCCGCCGCCUGCUUUACAAGCAAGUGCAGAACCCGCUCCCCCCGGGGCCGCAGACAUCUUGUUGGAGCCUGCCCCGAUGGACUACAGCCCCCAGCAUGCCCCGCGCCCAGACUACGGCACCCAGCGUGCCCCGCGCCCGUCGCGCCUUCAAGAUGGCGGCGCCCAGGCGUGGCUCGGGCCUGGAUACGGAUUCGGACUCGGACAGCAGCGGCGAGGCGGCGGCGCGGUUCCGGGAGGCCGCCUGGGACUGCGCUGCGCAGGCGGCGGCGUCGGUGCGGGCGGAGCCGCGCGGUGGUGGCUUUAAAAGGGAUCGGUUACAGCAGCAGCCUGCUCAGCCUAGCCUAAGGCAUGAGUUCAACGGUCAUGAAGAGGAUGGAAACGAGCUACAGACAACACCAGAGUUCAGAGCACAUGUAGCAAAGAAACUGGGAGCAAUGCUAGACAGUUUCAUCACUGUCCUGAAGGACUCAUCAGGACCCUCACAAACUUCUGGGCAACAGUCUGACUCUGCAGAUGAUGGAUUUCGCCUCUUCUCCUCAUCUGUCCCAGGAGACUGUGGGAAAUCAGAGCCUUGCCCUGCAGCAAGGAGGAGGCAGCCAUCUAGCUCCAGUGAGAUGGACAGUGACCAAGAGUGGCAAAGGUACCAAGAGGCUGCUGUGUCAGCCACAGACAUUAUGAAGCAAAGUGCUUUUCCUGCACUGUGCCAGGAUUCCAGCCAGGAUCAGAGUCGGGGUUAUGUAGAGCACAGCCAGAAAAAAAAGAAGAAGAAGAAGAAAAAAAAGAAAAUUAGGGGAGAGAACAAUAUUCAGGAGACAAUAACAGACCCAGCAGAGUGUGAUGAGCUCUGCAAAGAUUUGCCACAGUUGGUGUCUGCAAAUGGACAGCAUGAGAGACAGGACUGCAGUCACCCAGAGAACUCAGUGUUGCCAGGAGCUGUGAAGAAGAAAAAGAAGAGAAAGAAAGAGUGAGGCUUUUGCUCUGGAAGCGGCAGAUAAAAAGCUGUAAGAAAUCUUUAGUAAGAGUGAGGACCAACAGGUUAAACAGUGGACCAAGUCACCUUGAUACCAAUGUUGGAAGACAGCUGUAGAAGAUUUUCAGGAUCUCAUGAAAGACUUUUUACUUUUGUUGUCUUCAGGAAGAGACCAGAAAGCCAUCAAAGCAAGAGAAACCUUCAUUUCCCUGAGGCAGUUCUGAAUUGCUGCUUUGGACUAGACCUUGCUUAAGCAGAGGUUCAGAGAAGUACUCAGGACCAUCCUCUGGCCCUUUCGUGUGGAGCCUGCUAGACAACCCUCACUGAUGGCAGUGCACAGCCUGGAGCCGGGCUAGGCAGGGAGCAGGCAAGGUGGAUUGCUGCUCUACCUCCCUCCAUUUGCUGUACCUGUGAUAGUGUGAUCUGUCCCUUCCCCCAAGGUAGCCUCUCUCUGGGGAAUAUCAGGGGAUUACUCCACACAGCUCUAUCUCCCUACUGAAUUAUUCUUUAUCAUAGCUGCAAUUUGUUUUCUGUGUGGAGCAAUAGGGAAAGAACGUUUUUAUUCAAACUGUAAAUCUAUGGAAGAUCAGUGAGACAGAUCAAAGGACAGCAAGAAAUGUUGUGAAUUCCUCACUAGAGAAACCUUUGUCUGAACUACCUUUAGCAUUGUUUUGUUCUGUAGGGACAAACUCUAAUCAAUCCCCACAGGUUCAUCCCGUCAUGGGGAUGUAUCUUCUCUACAUCCUGUUCUACACAGCUUUGACCAGUGCUUUCUAAACUGUGGUUUCAACUUUAAUAGUCCUGCAAGGACAUACUUGGUCUCUUGGUGUUGCCAUUUUUUUCCUUCCCAGCUCCUGGAAAGCCUGUCAGUGGACACUUUCCUGACUCUACCUUAUAAGCAAUGGCUGCAGUUACCACAAAGACUUUCUUGUGUCACUAAUAGCUGCCCACAAGUCAAUCUCGGAGUUAAAGUGUGGUCUACAGCAUUAGAUCAGGAAUUGUUAAUAAUGCCAAAAGAGGCUUCUGCCUGAGGGUAGAAGUGCUUCCAUCUGGUUUCUGGAUUUGAAAUCCUAGUGUAGAUGCUGAAAUAGCUUAUAAGCAUUGAAUAUUUACUGGGAAUCCCUGUGCAUGGAGAUUCUUGCCUGCCUUCCUUUUAUCUGUAAAAUGUUCUGCCUGCCUUACAAUGCUUACAGUACUGUUUUAAGGACAUUACCUCUAGGCAUCUCUAAUGGAAAGGUUUGUUCUUAAGAAACAAAGUUUAUUAGUAGGUAACAACUGCUUACAAGUUAUCGAACCCUGAUAGUGGAUCAGAUGCUUUGAAUAGGCUCUCAGACAUGCAGCUGCUCUGUUUGAAUAUUUGACUAGGAAUUUUAAUCCUGUCAAUACAGACUUCCUACUGUUCUCAUUUUACCUUGCCUAAUUUUGAUCUGUCACAAUCCUCCAUAAGUAUAUUAAUGUUUUUUUGCUGAAACUGAGGCCUCUGGUCCCUUCAUACUGUCCCCAACUGCAGAAGCGAAUUGCUCUAUCCUGUGAUACGGGGGACUGAGGAAAGACAACUCUGAUGUUUCAGUCUAAAGCUUUGCAAUUAAGACCCAGUAUAAGGCUUUGGAGAUCUUUGUUCUUGCCCAGUCCUCUCUGCGCUGUCUUAGGGUUUUAGAUAGGUCAUGGAAUCUCUCUGUACCUCAGUUCCCAUUUGUAAAAUGGGAAUGCUGCUCAAGUGACUGUAUAGAGAGAGGUGUGAGACUGUUCAUAGGAAAGCAUUACUAUCACAGGUUUGCAAGAGAGGCAAGACUGUUGUGGUGAGGCUGGUAGUAAGGACAGGAAAGACUGGCUGCAAGCUCCCAAAAAGGCAGGGAGGAUCAGAAACCAGGAUUCAUGCUUGUGAGGGUGGCAGGAAGGAAUUCCCUUCAUCUGCAUAUCUGUUCUUAGAUCACAGCAGAUGGCACUUUAAUCCUGCUUCACCCAUUCAUUACAAAGCCAGGUGCUGCUCUUCACCUUCCAUGGCUUCCUUAGUGGAGAGAUACCUGAUAAACCAUCAGAAGUUAAUGAUCAAAAAGCUUAUCAGGGUCUUUUCAUCUAUAAAUUUAUAAGACAAAAGAGAAAUAAUAAAGCCAUUGGAUAAUUAGUAACUAGCCAGGGCCCGCCCGGUGCCACUGGGCUCAAACUACCCCAAGGCCUGUACGCAGACUCAGGAAGAUGAGAAGGAGACAAGGAUGAGAGGAAGAAAAAGAGGGGAAGGGAGAGAGAGAAUUAGCCAAGAAGAAAACAAAAUGGGAGGCAUAGGAGCAGAGACAAAAGUGAAGAGAGAAAGGAAACAUGUAAAAAGAAUGGAAAAGUCGUAAAGAGAACAGAGGAGCCUAAAAGAUGUGACACAGCUGGGAGUGGGAAGAGGUGAGACACGUACUGGGCCAGAAGGAAGAUGGAAAUUUUGGGAAUGUUUUCCCCACCCAGAUGGCGGUCGAGUACCAGCUCACCUCCCUACAGUGAGUUCAGAAAGGCUCGGAUGGAUCCAGAAGACUUUGUGUGGCUAAAAGGAACAUUUUGGAGUCCAUGUAAAAACAUUUAAUGUAGACACACCAACAUUACUGGCUGAUAACACUAAUUGUCAGUUGUAGUUACACUUUCCAACCAUGACACAGUUUCUGCAUGGUACGUCCUUAUAAUUGAAGGACUUUGCAAACAGAACAGAUAGUGGGGCUCCUGCAGUAUGUGACAGAGGAGAUUCUGUCAUACUGUGUUGUUUAUUUCUGCCUAUCUUUGACAUGCUGGUUUCUUUUACCUAAACUAAGAUGGAAAAUAUUACCAUUGUUCUUGUCCAAAAGAUUGUCAAAUCUGUGUUCUGUAAGAAUAUAUAAUAUACCUGUGGAAUGCUUGAGGGGAUGUGGACACAGACCAUUAAGUUUAGACAAAGAACAGUAAUAUUUGCCAAUGGAAACUGUAAAGAGAAGAAAACAUAGCAACAAAUGAUCUGUCUGUAUUGUGUGGUUUCAAGGAUUCCUUAUGCUCCCAGAAGUCCUGAUGCUGUUGCUUCUGUUUGCCUUGAAGACCUUUAGCUGUGGAGGCUUUUAGAACAGCCUGGCUUGAAACCAGUGAACUCUGAAGUCUAUAAAACCAGAAAUGAACAUCUGUUUGUGUGUUAGGACCUCACUGAACAUUACAACUGGAUGCCAUGUGGAAAAUCCUUAGCUGAAUAUGGAAGCCUUUCAAAUACUGAGGAGGAGGUAAAUGUUCUCUAUCACUUUAUCCUGAAGGGCUUUCUGGUCUAAUAGAAUUGUCCAUUUUAAACUGGAGGAGCCUGGACAAUUAACAAAACAAGCAAACUUCCACGCUUCCAUCUUUACAUUCACUGUAACCUGCCAGACUGUGCUAGUGAAUGAUUCAGCGCUCCAGUUAAGUAUUUCAGAUUCUUCAGUGCAGGAAAAACAGUGAGCUUUUCAGUGUUUCUUAAAUGUUGCAAGUUGCUAGUGGUCAGACUGAAGGAGAUUCCUGUUGUGAAUUAGCCAGCACCCCUAUUUUAUACCCUGGCACGAAGGAUUGCAAUAUAAUACUUCUCAGAUUAUUACACAUGGCAUGAUGUGCAGUUUUGAGUAAAUAAGAAUAGCAGAGGCCAAGGAAGCUGCAAAACUUUAAAAAUAUAUAGUCCCAGUAGUACAGCAAGAACUAAAUUGUGCAGUGCCAUAAUCCAGACAACAUUCUCCUGUAACUGAAUUGUACUCGGGGAUUUUGCCUUGAGGAUGACAAUUAGAAAGAAGAGGUUUUCCUUUUGCUAUCCCCAUUUUCACCUAUUACCAGUGCUCAGUAUAUGUUGAUUUCCUCAAUUGCAACAAUUUGCUUGGCCGUGACUGGAUUCUCAAGUCACUGUGACUAAUGUGAUAACUGUGAUUGUGAUAGGGGAAACUUUUGAAGACAGCUGCAUGUUUCCGUCACAUUUGCAGUGUCUGGUUUUGUGGUUUUUAUCCUGCAGAAUUACUUGGUUUUCCUUAGGUGUAAUUAAUAUGGUGGUUGAGGCCCCUCAAAAUCAGUGCUUCAUUGGCAAGACAGAAACAGCCUUACACCACUAUAAAGUGCAAGCUCACUAGCAAUGUUACAUUAAUAAAACAGUAUGGAUGCAGAUUGGAGGAAUAUAUCAGUAAUCACAAGAAGUCUGAUUUCAAUUUUAUUUUAAUGGCAAGUUCAAUAAAGAUUAUUUAAACAUUUUCAACUACUUUGCAUUCUCUUGCACACACUUUAAUACAACUUUUAUGCACUGUGGUUUUAAAAUUGUUUUUUUUUCUGAAGUAGCAGACUGGUAACAUUGUGUGACAGCUAUCAUAUAAAACUGGGUUCCUGGCAUUCCCCAAUAUCCGUACAGGGUUCAUCUAAUGGAAUUCUAUUUUAUUGGUAAAUAAUAGUCUGUCUUGAUUAACUUCCACUGUAAUCCCUUCUCCCUACCUCUAAUAAAGUAGCUAGAUUACUAA